AUGUCCAAACUCAGAGCACCAUACCAAUGUCUCAAACGAUGUGGUAACUAUCUCGUGGCAGCUCGAGGUUCAAGCAUAGAUACUUUCGAUAUCAGAGAUGGUUCAUACCUUUCAACAUGGAAGUCUCCGUCAUCAGAAAGUACGGAAGGAUCGAAGACAACUGGGGACGAGACACAAUUCAAGAGCGAGCAACAGAAUCCCGAGACAUCUACCGGUACUCCAGAUGUUAUUUUAGAGUCAUCAACCCCGCCAGCAAAGAGACGGAAGUUAUCUGUUGGCGAGGAGGAAACCGAAAAGACUGUUGUGGUACAGCAAAUAAAAAAAAGAGUGAAGAAUAAUUCAGCACCCAAAAUCACCGAACCUUCACCCAUUACUGCUUUAACUAUCACAAGAGACCUUCAACACGUGAUUGCAGUCACAGGCGAGGAUAAAACCAUCAGAGUGCUGGCAUGGGAGGAUACAGCAGGUAAAGGGUUGAAGCAGAUCAAUGAUCGUACUAUGCCCAAACGACCCUGUGCCCUUGCCACUACCGAUGACUGCAACACCAUAAUCAGCGCCGACAAAUUUGGAGAUGUGUAUUCACUCCCUCUCAUUCCAUCUCCUUCAGUCCUGUCAGUCACUGAAGAUGCUUCUACUGAGAAACAAGCCCCCAAGCCAUUUCAACCUUCAGCCAGCGCCCUGACAGUACAUUCUGCACGCAAUCUAAAAUCGCUUGAGGCUCAAAAGAAACAGUCUAACAAGGUGUCCGAGAAAACGGGCCCAGAUUUCGAGCACAAACUUCUUCUCGGUCAUGUUUCCAUGUUGACAGAUAUCGUGGUGGCUACGGUGUCUGGCCGUCAAUAUAUUCUCACGGCCGAUCGUGAUGAGCAUAUUCGUGUUAGCCGUGGAAUUCCACAAGCGCAUAUCAUCGAGGGUUUUUGUCUCGGUCACGUUGAAUAUGUUAGUCGAUUGUGCAUUCCUUCCACGAGACCAGAAAUUCUCAUUUCUGGCGGUGGAGACGACGAUCUAUAUGUCUGGAAUUGGCUCAACGGAUCCUUGCUAUCUAAAGCAAAUCUAAGGUCUCAGGUUGAAGCAGUCGACGCAGAAACCGAAGACGAACAAGAAGUCGAGUCCAGAAAGAUUGCAGUGACGGGUAUUUAUCACGCCAGGAAUGAAUCAUCCAAUGAAGAUAUUAUCAUAGCCACAUCUGAAGGGCAAGUUUCCAUCUUUUCCCCUCCAAGAAGAUUAAAUCCCCAAUCUAACAUACCUUCCAGUGUCCCAGCCGCCUUCAUCUACACCCUCACAGCCUCCAACCACCUCACCCAUAUCCAAACCCUCGUAUUGCCAGGGAAUGCACUCUCUUGCUCCUUCACCAACUCCACCGCGUCAUCUCAAUUUUCUCUCAUCAUCUCCUGCGACAAUAUUCACAAGUCUGGUUCAAUCACCACUUUAAAAGACGCCAACCACCAAAUUGUAGCCCCCUUACAGUUUUUCAAAUACGAAGAUGGGAAGUUUGCUAGUGUGCAGCAGGAUGGAUUUGUCUCACAGGAUGGUGAGGGGGCUUUGGAAGAGGAAAAGAAGAGCAAAUUGGCUGGUUUGUUGUAUAACAUUGGUAAUUUACGGAAGAUGGAGGAUGAGGAAUAG